AUGGACUACACCCCAUAUCAAUCCUGUAACUACACCAUGCAAGCCUUAGUCGGGAACCGCUCGAUCGUCACUCGGGUCUCAAACUACGUUUGCGGCAGCUCCUCGGGAGACGGCGUCAAGGUCGCCACCGUUCCUGUCCCCGAGAUAAACGACAACGAGAUCCUCGUCCGAGUUGGAUGCGUGGCUCUCAAUCCCACAGACUUCAAACAUGUCGACGUUGUCGCCCCGCGAGGAGCGAUCAUUGGCUGUGACUACUCGGGUGCUGUCGCAAAGGUCGGCCCCAAAGCGCCCGGUAACUGGACGGUCGGGGACAGAGUCGCUGGCUGGACCCAUGGCGGACUCUAUCCAGAUCGAGGCUCUUUCGCAGAGUACCUGAAGAUCCCCGGCGACCUGGCCUGGAAGCCACCUCCUUCUGUGAGCGACGAACAAGCGACCACAUUUGGGGUCUCGGCUGUGACUGCCAUGCUGGCCUUGAACGUCCGACUCAACGUCCCUUGGAUCGACCCAGGUCCAGUUACAGGAAAAUCAGAUACGCCAAUCCUCAUAUACUCCGGCGCAACAGCUGCUGGUCUCUACGCAAUACAGCUUGCAAAGCUAGCCGGCUUGAAGGUUGUUACAACCGCAUCCCCGCGCUCGCAUGACUUGGUAAAAGAGUACGGUGCCGACGAUGUCUUCGACUAUCGAUCACCCACCGCCGUGGAAGACAUUACCCACGCGUAUCCCAAUAUUGACAGAGCCAUGGACUGCUUUUCAGAGGCCGGCUCAACCGAAUUCUGCGCCAAGGUUCUUCACAACAGCCGAGGCCGCGUUGUCACGUUGUUGGACCCAGGGAAGACCGACAUUGAUGGCGUUGAAAUCGACUUCAUGCUUGCUUAUUCCGUCUUCAAUCAGGAGUUUCAGUGGCUUCCUCCUUUUGGGCCAAAGUUUGCCAGGAAACCGUCCGACCACGAAGCUCUGCGCCGAUUCUACGGCGCGUUGCCAGAUAUAUCGAAGCAGCUCAAAACGCCACCACUCAAGAAGAUUGAUGGCGGGUUAGAAGGCCUGCCUCCCGGUCUCGACUUGCUGCGUCAGGGCAAGGUUUCUGGUACUAAACUGGUCUCGUUUCUUAAUUGA